AUGCGUUUCUCAACCGUGGUUUCUACUCUUGCAAUUGCAGGUGGAAUUGCUGAAGCUACUCUUCAUUCUGGAAGAAGCUUGAAGCAUGUUGGGAAAAAGGAUAAGCAUACUCAUAAAGCUAGAGAUGCGACUCCCAGGCGAGGACAGCAAUAUGAGAAGAGGGAUACUACUUUUCCAUAUUUGACCAAUUCUACUGCUAAAUUCAGUGUCAACGGUUCCGCUAUUCCAGAUGUCCCUUUCGAUGCUGGAGAAUCUUAUGCUGGUUUAUUGCCCAUUUCGAAAGAUACAAACGAGACGAGAGAAUUAUAUUUUUGGUUCUACCCAUCGACGAAUGAAUUAGCUUCUGAUGAAAUUCUCAUUUGGCUCAACGGAGGCCCCGGAUGUUCAUCCCUCGAAGGAAUUCUCCAAGAAAACGGACCCUGGACCUGGCAAUACGGAACCUACGCCCCAGUGGAAAAUCCCUGGACCUGGGUCAAUCUCACCAACGUCGUCUGGGUCGAACAACCCGUGGGGACGGGAUUCUCACAAGGAACCCCUACCGCGACCAGCGAAGAAGACGUCGCUGCCCAAUUUCUCGGAUUUUGGGAGAAUUUCGUAGACACCUUUGCGUUGCAAGGGAGAAAGGUCUUUAUUACCGGUGAAUCUUAUGCAGGAUAUUAUGUUCCGUAUAUUGCUGAUGCAAUGUUUAAUAAGAAUGAUACUUCUACUGUGGGUUAUCUCCGCAAGCAAACAACCAUGAUAUACGACCCUUCGACGUCCUACGAUGCCGUUCAAGAACAAAUCCCCGCGGUUCAAUUCGUUGAUUACUGGGGUGGUCUCUUUCCCUUCAACGACUCCUUCGUCGAGCAAAUCCACAACGUAUCCGAUUCAUGCGGCUAUACCGAUUACCUCUCCAAAUACCUCACCUAUCCCCCCGCCGGACCCUUCCCCUCCAACCUUCCCGGCACGAGCGAUGAUGGCAUAACAACCGCAGACGAAUGCGACGUUUUCGACCUAAUCUACAACGAAGUCUUCAACGUAAACCCCUGCUGGGACAUCUACCAAGUAGCCACCACCUGUCCGCAACUCUGGGAUGUGCUCGGAUUCCCCGGCUCCAACUCCUACACCCCUACCGGCGCCCAAAUCUACUUCAACCGAACCGACGUGCAAAAAGCCAUCAACGCCCCCCUUAUGGAAUGGGACGAAUGCUCCAACAACAACGUCUUCAUCGACGGAAUCGACAAUUCUCUCCCUUCCGGUCUCUCCAUCCUCCCCUCCGUCAUCGAACGCUCUAAACGCACCAUCAUCGGCCACGGUGCUCUAGACAUGGUACUCAUCGCCAACGGCACGCUCCUCAUGAUUCAAAAUAUGACAUGGAACGGCGCCCAAGGAUUUUCCCAGAAACCCUCCUCCCCCUUCUACGUACCCUACCACGACGAGAUUUCCGCCUCGACGCUGGCGGCUUCGGGCGUACUCGGAACGACCCAUACGGAACGCAACCUCACGUUCGUCUAUAUAGAUUUGAGCGGUCAUAUGAUUCCACAGUAUGCGCCCAGCGCGAGUUAUAGGACGGUGGAGUUUCUGUUGGGUCGCGUGGAGAGUUUGAGUAGUACGGUGCCGUUUACCACGCAGGGAGAUGUGGCGCAGAGUACGGCGCCGUUGGGGAAUGGGACGGGUCCGCCGAUUAAGAGGGAGUUUGUUGGGGGGAUGCAGUUUUAG